CGUACUUUCCACCAGAUAGGCUCGGAGAACUUUGGACGGUUGUCGUUCACUUUGCAGUUUGCGUCACCUGCACAAGCGUAUCUUGGUGUACAUUUACCAUUUGUGUAGAUUUCGUGUAGCUGCAUUGGCGAACAUCAACGCCUGUACAAAGCGUUUGACUAGGCGAGGGCCCCGUCCUUAAGGCAACGAAGAGAGAGCAAGCUCCCAGUCUUACCGUGUGUAUUCUACUGGAGCCACUAUCUUAUAAUUAGGCUUCGAUAUGGAAGCGCUACACGCACGUUCUUUUGCCUCGCUAGGCCAGUGCCAGUGGCGCGCGCGGCCACUGGCGGCGAUGCCUCAUCGACGAGCUUCCCAUGUGGUGUUGUCUCUUAACUCUGGCGUGGUUGCGGCAGCGACCGUCGCGGGCGCUACAUUGCCUUUAGGCACCGCAACGGCGACUCCAGUGAAAACGGAGCGCGCUGUAUGCGAACUCGACCCGAAGAGCUUCUAUGACUUUAUAUCGUGUGAUGACCUCUGCGUCGUCGACUACUACACAGACUGGUGCGGUCCCUGCCAAGUGAUGCAUAAGGAGCUCGACAAGAUGACGGCAGCUUUUAAGGGUGUCAAGUUCGCAAAAUUGAACUGCGGAAACUGCCAGGAUUUCAGCACCCGUCAGCGCAUCCGCGCCUUGCCUACGUUCCGUCUGUACUACAAGGGUACCUGCCUGGAUGAGGUUACAGGGGCCAAGCCAAUGCAGCUGCGGCAGCUGCUCACGCACUACCUGUGUAUGACGACCAUCGCGCCAUAA